AUGGUUCAAAUCAACCAUCAUGAUCUUCGGACUGUUCUUCGCACUUGCUCAGAUGUUGGUGCUAGCGGAGGCUUCUCGAAAUACAGCAGGGAGUCCCGAUCUUGGUCACUUCCAAAAUUCAUCGACCCUGUUUUCUCAAGCGACUUUAACGAACAGUUCCCACUUACAAACUCCGACCCUGAGAUCACAAUUACGCAAACACCGACGGAUGCCUCAUUCGUGACCCUUAGCGACUUCAGUAUAACGACUCCGACUAUCAUCACCACCACCAAAGCCGGAAGCAACGACCAAGAGAUCGUGCCAGUCAUUCUUGUGAAGCCGAAGAAGAAGAACCCCACAAACCCGGAUCCAGUUCCAGUGCCAGUCGUCUGUUUUGGGUGCUUUCCGGGCAUCCAAUUCCCACCAAAGAUCAAAGUGACACUUAAGUUACCCGAUAUUUGCAUUCAGAUCCUAUGGUUCAAGAUUGGAAGCUGUCCCUCGGGCGAAGACAAAAAGGGCGGAGGUGGUGGUGGAAGCGACGGCAACAACGACGACAAACCCGACGACGAACCCGACGACGAACCCGACGACCCGGAGAGCACACGAAAGUCAACAGAAAGGACAUCUUCUACGUCUUCGUCUUCGUCAUCUUCUUCAUGCACCGUUACUGCGACUGCUACGCACCAGACGGUGUAUUGCUCUGCGACCCAGGGCAAUACCUCCCUCCUGACGACGGCUCAAACUACAUGUCUUAGCAGCACCUACACAACGAUCACCGGCUGCAGCGUCACAAACGCAGCAACAACAGUGACUGCGACAGUUGCCGGCACCCAGAUACCAUAUUAUCCGCCUUGCUCUCCGCAGAUUUGCGGUGACGGUGUCUGCCGAUCCACUCCAAAUCGGGCGUUGUCUCGCGAGAAGGAAAAGCGCGGAAACCCAGCUCAGGGCGAGUGGGUUGAUCCCGACGACUAUCCCAACGGAUACGCCGAGUUUAUGCCUGCUCAGCUCCGAGAGGCAAGAAGUCGGCCGGGUGGUGAAGGGUUCGCCCCGAAGCUCCUCAAGCAGGGCCCGGGUCCUGCUCGAGGACCCUAUCCCCUUUUCAACGAUACCGAUGAAGGUGAAGAAGCAGCGCAGGAGUAUUAUUACUCGGAGCUGCCUGUAUCAACCGAAUUUCUUAUUUUUGAGGACGAGGUACAAUCGUUGGCCAUUGACCGGAUGGUCGGCUGUGAUGCGAUCAUCCUGGUCUCACGCCUGGGCGCCUUCGUUUGCCAUUUCUAUGAAGGAUCCUGGAACAGCGAUAGAAACAUCGACGACCUUAUGAGAAUCUGUUACUACGGGCGCCCGGAAGACGACCCAAUGCAUGAAUGGGCUCAGUACGGCAUUGACAAUGUCAGAGACCAUCCUGAGGAGGGCAAGCGAGGCAUCAUACUCGGGGACCAAGACCCAGACGCAGAGGAAGACGAUUUCGAGGAUAUUAUCGCCUUCGUCAUAACACCCAGAGUCCGGCCAAACAUCUGGAUAAUCGACCGUGACGGGCCCAGAAUCAGGCCAGAUGAAGAGAUUUUGGCCCCUGACAUUAUGGCGGGCAGUCUUAGAUAUGCGACCGACAGAGUCAACAGAGUCAAAAAGAUCUUGACAGGAAUCUUCGUCGACGUACCUAUCAAUACGAUCGAUUAUCCUCCUGCUAUGUUACCGUAUGCCGAAUGGAGUAGACUCGAGGCUCUUGAGGAUACGUUUGCUUUUGCCGAGGCGCUUCAGGACAGCAUUUUCGAUACGCCCCGCGGCAAGAUUCUUCUCCAGUACAAGCCAGCGCCAUCCUGUGAUCAAGAAGUUGAGGUACGGUUGUUUGUUGAUGUUCUUGGCGUCUUCCAAAAUUUCCUCGCCCUCUUCAAAGUCUUCCUCGGUCAUGUCGAAAUCGUCCAAGACCACCUCGAAGCCAACCUCGUCGACAGAGACACCCCGCCACUCCGUGACAUCCACCGCUCCGCCAACAUCAAAGACCCCGUCAGCAACCAGCAGCGGACCCGCGACCCAGGAGUCCCCGCCCCUUCCAAAUUCAAAACAUCACUGCACAGGACUGCCGUCACCACCGCGCGAACCCUGGACCGGCUGCCAGCCACGCUGCCCUUGGAGAGCGUGCAAAUCUACCUCAAAGAAUGGACGAGCGGCGAGGGAGGAGCCGUGGGCUGGAUACCCUUUUGGGAGAUGUUCGCGGUGCCGAUAUACUCCGAUUUCAACGUCUGCAAGGCGACGAAGGUGGGCGAUGAUGUCCAGAGCUGGUUCCGUCGGUCCGAGCAGGGGGAGGACGGGCGACCGCCCAGCUUCAAGGCCGAUAAAGACAUCUUUGGAAAGAAGAAUUGCAAGUACAAGGACGACGGCAGCGAGGACGUGGUGGGCUGGCUUUCGUGUGAUGGGGUUCCAGAGUUCAAAUGCCGCCGGAGCAAGCAGCUGAAAGUCGAAUGCGACGAUAUGGACAUCAAGGUUUUCAGGGCCAGAGUCGAGUGUGUGUUUCCUGUAAACUAA